AUGCCCAAUGACCCCGCAAAACGUACCGGCAUUGAGGCUUUCAAAAAGUGCCACAUCCCGCAUGCCCGUUUCUUUGACCUUGACGCGGUGAAGGAUCACGAUUCUCCCUAUCCCCACAUGCUGCCGUCCAAAGAGGCUUUUCAGGCGGCGAUGCAGUCCCUGGGAAUUCGUCGGGAUGAUCAGCUUGUGGUGUAUGACUCUGAGCAGGUAGGUCUCUUCAGUGCGCCUCGAGUGGGCUGGACAUUGAGGGCGUUUGGCCAUAGCAAUGUCCACAUUCUUAACAAUUUCAAGAUGUGGGUCCAGGAAGGAUACCCAACUGAGUCUGGAGACGUUGCCCCUGAAGAGCGAUCUAACUACCAGGUGGGCGACUUCGCCCCAAGGAUGGUUGCUCAUUUCCCGCAAAUGAAAGAGAUCGCCAAUAACUAUGGCAAGGAGGGUUCGGAGGGCAUCCAGAUCCUGGACGCCAGACCAGAGGGCAGAUUCACAGGGAAGGACAGAGAGCCUCGUCCUGGCCUCCCGUCGGGUCAUAUCCCUGGUUCUACGAGUUUACCCUUCUCCGAGUUGCUUGAUCCUGAUACCAAAGCAUUGCUUCCAGCUCCGGAGCUACGCAAAAUAUUUGAAGCCAGGGGAAUUAAUCCAAGGGAGCCAACAAUCAGCAGUUGCGGCACCGGUGUGAGUGCCGCAAUCAUCGAGCUCGCGUUGAAAGAAGCCGACGACACGGUACCUGAAAAUAGGCAGAUAUACGAUGGAAGCUGGACGGAAUGGGCUCAACGGGUGACGGAGGCGAGUGGCAUGAUUCGAAAGUCCUGA